AUGCUGGGCUUGGGGCUGCUCCUGGUAGCCACACUGGCCUACCUAAGUGUCAUGGUCUUGACGUCUAUCUGGCAGCAGAAAAUCAGGGGGAAAUUGCCUCCAGGACCCACUCCUUUGCCUUUCCUUGGGAAUUACCUGCAGCUGAACAGGAAAGACAUAUACAGCUCCAUCACACAGCUCCAUGAGCGCUACGGUCCCGUGUUCACCAUCCACCUUGGGCCUCGCAGGGUUGUGGUGCUUUAUGGAUAUGAUGCAGUCAAAGAGGCUUUGGUGGACCAAGCUGAGGAGUUCAGUGGACGAGGCGAACAGGCAACCUAUAAUACACUCUUCAAAGACUAUGGUGUGACAUUCAGCAGUGGGGAACGGUCCAAACAACUUAGGCGAUUCUCCAUAGCCACACUGAGAGAUUUCGGUGUGGGUAAGCGAGGAGUGGAGGAGCGUAUCCAGGAGGAGGCAGGCUGUUUGAUCAAGAUGUUGCAGGGCACUUGUGGAGCCCCCAUCGACCCCACCAUCUACCUGAGCAGAACAGUCUCCAAUGUCAUUAGCUCCAUUGUCUUCGGGGACCGCUUCGACUAUGAGGACAAAGAGUUCCUGUCACUGCUGCAGAUGAUGGGUCAAAUAAACAAAUUUGCAGCUUCACCCACAGGGCAGCUCUAUGACAUGUUCCAUUCAGUGAUGAAGUACCUGCCCGGACCACAGCAACAGAUCAUCAAGGAUACUCAGAAACUGGAAGACUUCAUAACCCAGAAAGUGAAGCAGAACCAGAGUACCCUGGACCCCAAUUCCCCACGGAACUUCAUAGACUCCUUUCUCAUCCAAAUGCAAGAGGAACAGGAACAAAAUGUUAAUUCAGAGUUCCACAUGAAGAACCUAGUAAUGACAUCAUUAAGCCUCUUCUUUGCCGGGUCUGAGACAGUCAGCUCCACACUACGUUAUGGCUUCCUGCUCCUCAUGAAGCAUCCAGAUGUGGAGGCCAAGGUCCAUGAAGAGAUUGACCAGGUGAUUGGCAGGAACCGGCAGCCCCAGUAUGAGGACCAUAUGAAGAUGCCCUACACCCAGGCUGUGAUCAAUGAGAUCCAGAGAUUUUCUAACUUUACUCCCUUGGGCAUUCCUCGAAGGAUUAUGAAGGACACUACCUUCCGUGGUUUCUUCCUCCCCAAGGGCACUGAAGUGUUCCCUAUAUUAGGGUCUCUUAUGACAGACCCAAAGUUCUUCCCUACCCCCCAAGACUUCAACCCCCAGCACUUCCUGGAUCACAAGGGACAGUUGAAGAAGAUCCCUGCUUUUCUGCCCUUUUCUGCUGGGAAGCGAUUCUGCUUGGGAGAUGGCCUGGCUAAGAUGGAGCUCUUCCUCUUCUUCACCACCAUCUUGCAAAACUUCUGUUUCAAGUUCCCAUCGAAACUAGAAGACAUCAACGAGUCCCCCAAACCCUUGGGGUUUACCAGGAUCAUACCAAAGUACACCAUGAGCUUCAUGCCCAUUUAA